AUGGAAGAGACAUGGCUCUCCAUACUCCCCUGCCAUGCAAUAUUCGACACAGCCUUGCCAGCAUUAGUGGAUCUCUGUUCACCCAAAACAAAACCAGAGACUGUGGUGGUGACAGACAGUCGUAUCAUACAGGUAUGAUAUCUAUUCAGGGUAUAGUAGGAAAAAGAGCUAGACUUGUUCCCUUUUAAAAUAUCUGGUUGUGCAAUUAAUGGCAUAAUAUAGAGGUAGUACAGGUAGUGGAGGCAGAAUCUUCUCAAAGCAGCCUUCUGACAUAAAAAUGAUCACUAGUAUAGUGCUCUGCAGGCUACUAAGAGGGAGGGGUUGAUGUCUAUCAGGACAGGUGCUGGGAAACAGAACUUUGCUGCUCUCUUAUAUAGUUAGGUAGCAUGGCGCAAGCACACUGAAUACCUGGUUGUGCAGAUCGUGCUUGUUUCUGGUUGUGCUAUCAUUGAGAUCCCAAAGACUAUUCACAGCACACUGUUCAUUGGUAGAGAAAAGGAGACAUAACAUAGAAUAUACAAGUGAUACUCGAAAAAUUUGAAUAUCACGCAAAAAGUUCAUUUAUUUCAGUAAUGCAACGUAAAAGGGGAAACUAAUAUAUGAGAUAGACGCAUUACAUGCAAAGCAAGAUAGUUUAAGCCGUGAUUUGUCAUAAGUGCGAUGAUUAUGGUUUACAGCUCAUGAAAAACCCAAAUCCACAAUCUCAGUAAAUUAGAAUAUUGUGAAAAGGUACAAUAUUCUAGGCUCACAGUGUCCCACUCUAAUCAGCUAAGUAAGCCAUAACACCUGCAAAUGGUUUCUGAGCCUUUAAAUGGUCUCUCAGUCUGGUUAAGUAGGAAUCACAAUCAUGGAGAAGACUGCUGACCUGACAGUUGUGCAGAAAUCCAUCAUUGACACUCUCCAUAAGGAGGGAAAGCCUCAAAAGGUAAUUGCGAAGGAAGUUGGAUGUUCCCAAAGUGCUGUAUCAAAGCACAUUAAUAUAAAGUUAUGUGGAAGGGAAAAGUGUGGAAGAAAAAGGUGCACAAUCAGCAGGGAUGACCGCAGCCUGGAGAGGAUUGUCAGGAAAAGGCCAUUCAAAAGUGUUGGGGACUUUCACAAGGAGUGGACUGAGGCUGGAGUCAGUGCAUCAAGAGCCACCGCACACAGACGGAUCCUGGACACGGGCUUGAGAUGUCGUAUUCUUCUUGUCAAGCCGCUCCUGAACAACAAACAACGUCAGAAGCGUCUUACCUGGGCUAAAGAAAAACAGACCUGUUCUGUUGCUCAGUGGUCCAAAGUCCUCUUUUCUGAUGAGAGCAACUUUUGCAUCUCAUUUGGAAACCAAGGACCCAGAGUCUGGAGGAAGAAUGGAGAGGCACACACUGCAAGAUGCUUGAAGUCCAGUGUGAAGUUUCCAUAUGUGUUGAUGUGGGGAGCUAUGUCAUCCGCUGGUGUUGGUCCACUGUGCUUCAUUAAGUCCAGGGUCAAUGCAGCCGUCUACCAGGAGAUUUUGGAGACCUUCAUGCUUCCUUCCACAGACAAGCUUUAUGGGGAUGCUGACUUUAUUUUCCAGCAGGACGUGGCACCUGCCCACACUGCCAAAAGCAUCAAAGCCUGGUUCAAUGACCGUGGGAUUACUGUGCUUGAUUGGCCAGCAAACUCACCUGUCCUGAGCCCCAUAGAGAAUCUAUGGGGCAUUGCCAAGAGAAAGAUGAAAGACAUGAGACCGAACAAUGCAGAAGAGCUGAAGGCCGCUAUUGAAGCAUCUUGGUCUUUCAUAACACCUCAGCAGUGUCACAAGCUGAUAGCUUCCAUGCCACAACGCAUUGAGGCGGUAAUUGCUGCAAAAGAGGCCCAAACCAAGUACUGAAUCCAUAUGCAUGCUUAUACUUUCCAGAGGUCCGACAUUGUUCUAUGUACACUCCUUGUUUUAUUGAUUGCAUGUUAUAUUCUAAUUUACUGAGAUUGUGGAUUUGGGGUUUUCACGAGCUGUAAGCCAUAAUCAUCACACUUAUGGCUUGAACUAUUUUGCUUUGAAUGUAAUGCGUCUAUCUCAUAUAUUAGUUUCCCCUAUUACGUUGCAUUACUGAAAUAAAUGAACGUUUGCACAAUAUUCUAAUUUUUCGAGUAUCACCUGUAUAUCAAAACAUAUUCCCACCUCUCUGUUAGUGUAGCGGUCACUGAAGCUCCAGGUGUUUCUAGAAGCUAACUAAACCCCUGUUACUAGGGCUGCCAAGUAAUUAUUUGAUUUUGAGACUCUUAUGAAAGAUGUUCGUUUUGGGAUUAUACUGGCUGAAAUAGGGAUUUAUACACAUUUAUACUGGAAUCCCUUAAAUCAGCUUCUGAUCUGGCAAUCCUACAACUGUAAUUUACAAAAAUACUCUCCCUUGGCUACCAUUUCAAUUAUUGAUUCACAUACCUAAUGGUAGCAUCUAGUAAGGAAAAAACUGAGAAAUAAAGCUGGCACUAGAUCAGGAAGAAUUAAACUCUGAUAUAAGUGGGAAAACACCGCCCUUGGACCUGGAAGCAGAAUGUGCAACCAUCUGACCCAGGCAAACUGUGGCAGAUCUAACCUAAAACAUGGAAAUACAGAACACAAGUGGAGCAGAACCAGACCCAACCUGAGACAGGUAGGCUGUAAACUGACAAAAUCAAAAUAGGCUGGGGACAGUAACGCACUACACGCCUGUGGGCAUGGACCUGGACAUUACAAAACACGCAAGGAACCCUGCUCAAAAAAAAGGAGCAUAUAUUUCCACACAUACAUCCAACACAGGAUCACAAAUUGUGUCUACCAUGACCAUUGAUACAAACUGCAAUAUAGCAGUGUACCAUGUGUAUAUACAAAUACACACCUAAGCAUGCACAAAGGAUGCUUGCCACUCAAACUGUCCACCUGAGAGAAGACCAUGAUGCAUCAUUCCAUGAAGAGGGAACUAAAAAUGGAGCUUCAGUGGAAACUUACCUAUGACUCAAUUUAACAGUAAGUAGGUUUAUAACAUCCACUUAUUUCUAAUGGUUUCUAUUGUGUUGUCACAUGUGUGAUGGCCAUUAUUCUCUUUAUUAUUAUUAAUUUUUUUAUUGGAAUUAUUUCAUCCUACAGAGACUUCCCUCAACAUUAACAACGCCUGGAUGUUGGGCAGAAGUAACAUCCCCAGGAUGUACUUGGAAACCAGAGCAAUCUGAAUGUACCUUUCCUUGUUAAAUACUUUGUUAGUAUUAUUAUCGCCCCAUUGUGUACAUUGAUGAGAGGGUGUCAAUUAGCAGGAAACAACACAUGUACCUCAUACACUCAGUAUUUUAUUAACUCCUUUUAGGGCAUAACGUGGGAGCAAACCUUCCCCUCCAGAUGCUUCUAUAUUUUAAUUCAUUGUUCUUUCCAUUCUGGUUUAUGUCUGAGAUUCUCAUUUUGGAACUUAAGGUGAGGAAUUAACUGAGUAGCACUUAAUAAACUUCAGAUGGUAUAACUGAGAUAUGUUACAUGCAGUGUGCUGUAAAUGCUGUAAAUUCAGUGUAUAUAUAAGAAAAAAAAACUCACGAUUUUAUGGUUUAGUAUGUAUGUUUAUAUCACCACUGUAUUGUAUCAUAUUGCUGUACAACUGUAGAAUGCAUAUCAUUUAUAGUUGGAAAAUAUUUCCAAUUCUCAUUUUAGUAACAUACUUCAUAACUAUAUAAUCCAUAUAAACUUUAGUAGUAUAAAAAUGCAAUAUAAGGUGCUACUCCAAUCACCUUGACCAAUUCACUGAUUUGAAGUGGUCAUGGUAGCAGGAUAUGGUAGCAGGAAUAUGUAUGUGCAGCGUUUCUGCUUGAAAUGCUGCAUUUACAGAGAAAUCUGGCACACGUGUCAAUUCUGUGCAUAAAAUACAUCCAUCAUCAGCGAGCAUUGCAUGCUGGCAAACGGAUGUUUUGAGCUUCUCCCUCGUGGCUUCCUUACCAGCUCAAUAAUGCUCUUUUUUUUUUUUUUUUAAAGAAACAUUUUUCCCACUCGCCCUCCCCUUGCCUUCCCAGAUUGUGUGCAUGCACUCUGAGCCAGCAAAAAUGUCCAGUCACAGGCUUCUCUAUGAGAGUCUGUAAUUGGUUAGCUACAGAAAGUCUGGGCGGGGUUAGAAGGGUAGGGCUUGCAAACACUGCAGACAAGAGAACUGCAGCUUUUGCAAGCUGUUUUUAGAUAUUACUCAAAUGGAAAAAUGCUAAAUUAAAUGCAUGCAUGUUUUCUUUGUGGUAUAUUUACUAAACAGUCCUUUGUAUUUCAUAUUUGGGCAGUGUAGUGCUUCUUUACAAGAUGCAGAGGGAUAAAAUGGGUGUUUGGCAGAGAAAUAAAAAACACUACUGCAGCAAAGUGGAAUGUAAUUGUGUCUUCGUGGGGUAAAAUUAAUUUUGCCUUGAAAUUCAAAUGGAAUCCUAUACACAUUUUACAAAGUCAAAAAAUUUUCAUUAAGUGGUUACUCUAACCAAUAAAACCCAGUGUUUUAAUAAAACUCUGUUUUUGGUUUAGAGUACCAAAUUUGACCCCAAAAUGCUAAACCUACAGAUUCCAGGCACCAUGACCAUUUCAAAGUGGAAGUAGUCAUGGUGAUUGGAGUAACCCUUUAAAUUCCUAUUCUUAGAUUUUAUCAAUUGAUUUUUUUUCAGUAUCAUCUGCUCAUAAGUUAACAAUUUAAAUUAAAGAUUAGUUUUAUAUAUACAUUACAUUUCUCUUGUUAAUUUGUUUGAUCAUUUUUUUCCCCCUUUUUUUCAGUAUCAUCUACUCACAUGUUAUUAUCAAAUUCUGCAGAUAAUUGGGUUAUCCAUUCUUACGCUAGUUGAAUGUUUAAGAUUAUACCUUGGAUACAUUGGAAAUUUAUAUGAAAAGGUAAGACCGCUUGACACUUGUAAAUAUGUUAGUGUUAUAGUAAUGGUUAAGUCUUAUGUGACAUAAAAAAAUGUGUUCUUAUUUAAACUGCAGGCAUAAGGUGGAAAUAAUUCUAUAUAGAUAACUGUGAUGAGCAAAUUGUCAGCUCCAUUCAAGGAUUACAACUGAGAUGAUUGUUCUUCAUGAUGAGUGCAGUCAUCAGCACGUAUAUUAUUGAAUGUGAUUGAAUCUUGGUGUGGUGUCCAUAAAAGAAGUCAUUAUCUGAAAUGCAUAUCACAUUUUUAAACCCCCCUGCGAUUAAAAUGUCCCUUUACCAAUAGAUCUGUGAAUUCUGAGACUGUGUACCAUGACACUAAAAAGCAGUUGAAAGAGCUAUAAUGUUGAUAGAUAAGGGGUGCCGUCUAUUAAUCCAUGUGGCUAUUACAGAAGGCAAGAUUCCCACAAGACUUUGGUUUGCACAAUCUAUUGCUCUUUGACUGCUAAAGAUGGGAGGAGGGAGGCAAAAUUGCUAUAACAGAAAAAACAGAGCAGCUGAAGGAGGAUAUUAAACACAGAAAAUAAAAAUAUAUUUCUUCAUAAUGUAGUUCAGUCCUUGAAACAAAUAGUAAGAAAUGUAUACUUAAAGGAACCCUAUAGUGUCAGGAAUACAAAUGUGUAUUCCUGGUGUUAUAGCUAUAAAAAACAUAGUUGAGGGCACCUGACCCCCCGUUUGAAAAGUAAAAGGUAUUUUUACUCACCUUUAUUCCAGCGCUGCGUUGGGUCUCUGCCCUGUCCCACCUCCUUGGCUGGGAUGAUCAAAAUUGAUGAUCUCAGCCAAUCUGUCUUUCCUAUAUGAAAACAUUCGAUGAAUUUCCAAUUUAAGGUAAAAAUAGCUGAUCUGGAAAAAAUCUCAGUCAGGGAUGCAUUUAGUUCAACUACUCUGGCCUUAAAUAUGAAGUUCACCAUGAGUUCACUUUGAAUACUCACUUUGCGAAUAACCCUGUAUGUCUUCUGAAUCCUGAUCUAUUCUCUAGGUAAUUUCUAAACACCUGCUUUGACUGACUGUCUCUGGUACAUGCACAUAGUAUUACAAUUCUGUGAUAUCAGCUGACAUUCUCUGGGUGUAAUUAGUAACUGCCAUUACUCCCACAGUACAUGAUGGUACUCCAGGCAGGAAUAUACUUGUGACUCAUAGUAGGUGCCAUCUUCACCUCAAUUGUUUCCCACACAUUGUUUGCCAUGUGUUUACUUUUUUACAACUUGCACACUAGACACACUAGUGAAAGUUACUUUAAAGGAACACUAUAGGGUCAGGAACACAAACAUGUGUUCCUGACCCUAUAGUGUUUAACCCCCCAUUUAGGUGGCUUGCCCCCCCUUAGCCUCCCCUAUAAAAGUUUAAAACCAACCUUUUUCCAGCGCUGCACAAAUCUACUGGCGCUGGAUCCGCCCCCUUUGUGACAUCAUCAAAAUGGCAGAAUUGUAGGUGUAGGAAAGCAUUGGAUUGGCUAAAAUCGGCAUGGGGCGGGUUCAAAUGCCGUUUUGGCCAAUCAGGACCUCCUCAUAGAGAUGCAUUGAAUCAAUGCAUCUCUAUAAGGAAAAUUCAGCGUCUCCAUGCCGAGCGUGGGGACACUGAACGUCAGUGCUGCUUUUUCGGGCAGCACUGACCCAGGAAGCACCUCUAAUGGCCAUCUAAGGAGUAGCCACUUGGAGGUGUCCCUAGAGGCAAUGUAAACACUCUGAAAAGGCAGUGUUUACAUAAAAAAAGCCUCAAUGAACUAUUAUACUCACCAGAACAACUACAUUAAGCUGUAGUUGUCCUGGUGACUAUAGUGUCCCUUUAAUACAAAUGAACCUGCCCAGGGCACAGCAAAACCCAUGGCUGUACCCAGGGCCGCCAUCAGGGGGUGACAACCAUGACGGUUGUCACGGGCCCGGCGGUCCUGGGGGGCCCAGACUGCUUUGGCAGUCCUGGGCCCCACAUUCCCUCUAUGCACAUAUAUAUAUAGCGAUGAUCGCUAUAUAUAUGUGCAGUGCAGGUGCAGCCGCGGGCCCCCGGCUCCCUGUAUUUGCAGAGGGGGCCCAGCAGUCUGUAGCUGUACAUUACAGCUCUUCCCUCUCUCUAACUCCCUCUCUCUAACCAUGGCAACGCUCUGCGUGGCACGCACAUCACGCUCGCGGGAGUUAGAGAGAGGGAAGAGCUGUAAUGUACAGCUGCAGACUGCUGGGCCCCCUCUGCAAAUACAGAGAGCUGGGGGGCCCCACCAUGCCACCGGACCACCAGGCAUGGAAUCUCCCCCCUCCCUGGACCAGAUAAGAAGCAGGGAGGGGGGAAUAACAGAUUUUACAUUUACAUUAUUACAUUACAUGCAUACACUAGUAAACACACACACUCUGCAUUCACUACACUGACACACACUCUGCAUGCACUACACUGACACACACUCUGCAUGCACUACACUAAAACACACUCUGCAUUCAUUACACUAACACACACUCUGCAUUCACUACAAUGACACACACUCUGCAUUCACUACACUAGCACACACUCUGCAUUCACUACACUAGCACACACUCUGCAUUCAUUACACUGACACACACACUGCAUUCACUACACUAACACACACACUCUGCAUUCAUUACACUAACACAUACUCUGUAUUCAUUACACUGACACACACUCUGCAUUCACUGCACUAACACACACUCUGCAUUAACUGCACAAACAGUAUCUAAUACACCCAAACACUACAUCCAUUACUCACAUUCUAAUUCACUUCCACUAUACACACCACAUUCAGUCCUGCAUCAUUGUCAGUGGACUAGGUAGGAGUGGGGCGGACUGGGUGGGGGCACAGACAUUGUGCUUUGUCAGGGGCCCCAACAUUUCUGGUGGCGGCCCUGGCUGUACCUCUAGUCUACAGAUAGACACUCUGCAUUCACUUUCACUACACUAACACACACUCUGCAUUCACUACACUGACACACAUUCUGCAUUCACUACACUGACACACACUCUGCAUUCACUACAUUGACACACACUCUGCAUUCAUUACACUAACACCCACUCUGCAUUCACUACACUAACACACUCUCUGCAUUAACUAUACACACAGCAUCCACUACACAAACAUCCUGUAUUCACAAUACACACACUACAUCCACCACACAUUCAAACACUCUGCAUUCACUAUACAGAGACACUGCGUCUAAUACACACAUUACAUCCACUACAGACACUGCAUCCACUAAACACAUUGCAUCUAGUACACAGAAACUCUACAUCCACUACACAAAUACACACUACAUCCACUACUCAAACACACUCUGCGUUCACUAUACACACUGCAUCUGCUACACAAAUACACACUCUGCAUUCACUGCACAAACAGUAUCUAAUACACCCAAACACUACAUCCAUUACACACAUUCUAAUUCACUUCCACUAUACACACCACAUUCAGUCCUGCAUCAUUGUCAGCGGACUAGGUAGGAGUGGGGCGGACCGGGUGGGGGCCCAGACCGUGUGCUUUGUUAGGGUGGCGGCCCUGGCUGUACCUCUAGUCUACAGAUAGACCCUGCCAUUAAAUGAGAAAUAAUUAUGCCCCAAGGCAAAUUCAAGUAAUGAGACAACAAAGCCACAGGGUUUGAGUGAAUACAGAUUAGACUGUUGUAGUCCUAGUUAUGCAAAUCUCAUCUUUUUAUAGAAUGUGUAAGGACUGAGGCGGCGAGGUAUGGAUGUGGAAAAUUGAUGACGUGUAUUAGGUCCAUCUAUUCUACUCUGGCACGGGUCUUUUGAUUUAUCAGAUGUGGCAAGUUGUUUCAUAUAGAUUCACUGAUCAGCUUUCUGAGCGGCGCCUAUAUUUACAUUUUGUUUAGUUGAUCAUGCUGCAGGCACCAAUCAGGAAGUGAGGCAGGCUAUAUAAAGUCCAUCCAGAGAAACAAUCUUUGGCACUCCUGAUGAUCCUGGUGUAGUGGGUGAAACAUGUGUUGAUUGCAUGUACCUCACUUUUUUCUCCUUUAUGUGCCCUUUCUUUUUAUGCUCAGGUCGUCUGGCAAAUAAAUAGCAAUAUAUUUACUAUGAAGCCUUUUUGGCCAGGGCGAUGAUAGGGAACAGCCGUCCCUGGACAAAUCUUUCUAUUUUCUAUCUUUCUAUACUUUGCAAUCUUGUAUCCAUUUGAUACUUUGGCAUUAAGCCAUCCACUGUUAUUAAUUUUUUGGUACAAUAUUCUUUGCACUUUAUUUGGAUACUUUUACAAGUCAGGCAGAUUUUUAUACCAUUAUUUUGGGGUAUUACAGAUAGGAGGAGUUUAAUUUAUACAUAUUCUUAUCAGUUUACUUAGUAUAUUUCCUUGAUACUUUCAUUGCAUUCUUACUAAUAAUUAUUCCUUGUGGAGUUUUUUUUAGAUAACUUUCGAAUUAUGCUUGGUACCAUUUAGGAUACUGUGAAAGGUUUAUAGAACAUUUUUAUUUCAAUCAUUCAAACUUUGUAUGUGGCAAGUCUUGCCUUUUAAAGUAUUCUAAACAAAGUAGCAUUUUAACAUAAUUUAUACGUUUAUGUUAACUUUUACACAUUUAUCAUGAUUAAAUAUUUCAUAGAUGUUUAUAUAGCUGUAAAGUUUUUCUUUCUAUAGGUGAUGAAAAAAAACAGUACUCACCUUUACACUUUCCCUAAAAGUGGUGUUUAGUGGGUAUGACUGCAAGUAUAGCCAGACCUGCUCCCCCCAGACAGGAACAGACUUUUAUCCCAUAAAUCCUUGUCCAGCAGUUAGUUUAUCUGAUUAGCAAUUUAUCCCCCAAAAACCAUGACCUUGUCAUUUAGAAUGAGUGAAACUGCGCCGUAAAUGGAUAUCAAUCAUAACACAGCUAUAACAAUUUGCACAUUGCACAAUUCUCUAUUUAGUGUGUGGUAUGCUGUAAAAAUGUGUCAGAGGGGCAAGUCAUACUUUCCAAAGAGUUGUUUUCACACACACAGUGUAUAUAAUGACACUUAUAUACAGUAAACCUUUGCUAGGCUGGGUAUGUUAAUAGAGUCACAAGCAGGGCUAAGGUUAUUUAUCAUAUAAAUCGAGGACUCAUAGAUCCCUUGGGACUGAUUGUAUAUCCCACGUUCUGCAAUUUCGGUUUUGUAUUUUAUUCUGGACUUUUCAACUAUGGACAUUUUAUCAAUAGCAACAUACAUAUUAUUCUGAAUAUUAUUCUCAUUUACUUAUUUAUUGUCCACUAUCUGAAUUUCAUUCAACAUCAAUUUUCAUUAUCUGUAUCUCAUUUCACAUCCAAUUUAUAGCUCCUGGAUACCCACACUAUAUUUUAUGGUGUACUAUUCUUAUUUUUAUAGGAUUUGGUGAAUUUCCUCUUUUUCCAGUUUUAGAGCUAAUUUAUUCAUUGAUUGUAUCUAUUCUGUCUUAUUCCCUCUUAUCUUUCUGUAAUAUUCAUUCUGUGAAUAUCAGAAUUGUGUACCUUAUAUGUUAAUAGAGUCAGUUUAUUAAUCAAGUUAGACAAGGUGGAUUCAUAAAUAAAUCAAAGCUAACAAACAUACUAUAACAAACAGUAAUAUCUUUUUUUGUUUCAGGUACCAGAGCUGGCAGCAUUUCUACUUUUGACCUUCAUGAUACAGAUACCUCUUAUUCUCUUCCUUUUAACAGAUGAAGAAGUCUUAAUUCUACCGCUGGAGUAUGCUGUUCAUGCAAUUUACACUGUUUUCCUCUCUAUGGAGCUACUGGUUUCAUUCUUUGUGUUAAAAGUCAUGACACGAACGCUUGCCACAGAGUUUUUCUUACAUCAUUCAGAUGACACCGAAAAAGACUUGCCAGGCAGGAACUUGUGCCAAGGGAUGUAG